AUGAUCUAAUACGAUAUAAAUUUAAUUUUAAAAUUAAAAUAAUUAACAGUUUAUUUAUUCAUUCAUAAACAAACUCUUUUUAAUCUAACUCUUCUUAAGCAUCGUCUACAAAUUUCUACUUUCUUACAUUGCUGGGCUUCUAACUUUUACUUUGUUGUUACUUAUUUUCACUUUUACCAAUUUUUUUAUCAGAUGAAUUUUUUUAAGCAUUAUUUUCGUCAUCUGAGGAGGAGUGACUAUCUGAAUUAUCUUCUUUCUUCUCUUCGUAUUGUUCAUCUUCGUCUUCUAUACUCUUUUAAAUUGACUCCCAUAUUUUUUAUUUUUUUUGCUCAGCUGAAUCAUUGUGAAUAUGAGAUUAAUUUUUUAUAGUUUCAUCCAUUUCGAUGUCUUUGUAAAUUUCUCCUAUAAUUUGUUUAUGGUGCUUAUCUUCAUCUUCUUCUUCAUUUUCAUGGUGAUCGAGAUUAUAUUGCUAUUCAUCGUUCUUGUUUUCAACUGGUAAAUACAAGUAUGUGA